AUGGUUCUUGUUGUUUCCACAGCAGUUCACACUUUGAGAUAUUUUUACACUUCAUCAUUUCAAGUUCCAAACUUCCCAAAGUAUGUUUCUGUUGGAUAUGUGAACGACCUUCAGAUCAUUCAUUACGACAGUGACACAAAGAAAUUGGUCCCCAAACAAGAGUGGAUGAACAAACUCACAGAGGAGGACCCUAGGUACUGGGAGAGAAACACUCAGAGGUGUUUGGAGAAUGAGCAGGCGGGAAAAGGAAACAUAGAAACUGUGAAACGCCGCCUUAAUGUGACCGGAGCACUGGAGUUUUGUUGGUCAGGGAUCAGGGCUGUGGAUUAUCUGAAGCUCUAUGGCUGUGAAUGGGACAAUGAGACUAGUGAAAUCAGAGGAUAUGAGCAACACUCUUUUGAUGGAGAAGAUUUUAUUUCAUUGGAUUUUGACCCUGAAACUUUUGUCGCUCCAAAACAACAGGCUUUUAUCACCAAACUGAUAUGGGAGAGGGAUGGAGAGGCUGUCAGAGUGAAACACUACAUCAUUCAUGAAUGUGCUGAGUAUCUGAAGAAAUAUGUGCGCCAUGGAGAGAGCGCUCUGAACAGGAUAGAGCUCCCCCUGGUGUCCCUGCUGCAGAAGUCCUCCUCAGCCCUAGUCACGUGUCACGCCACAGGCUUCUACCCCGACAGAGCCAUGCUGUUCUGGACCAAAGACGGAGAUGGGCUGCUGGAGGACGUGGAACUUGGAGAGAUCCUGCCCAACAGAGAUGGGACCUUCCAGACUAGUGUGUCCCUGGACCUGUCCUCUGUCCCCCCUGAGGACUGGGACAGGUACCACUGUGCAUUCCAGUUGUCCGGGGACAAAAAUAAGUAUCUGACCAGACUGGACCGUUGCAUGAUCAGGAACAAUGGUGAGUUUUUGAUCACAGGGAUCGCGGUACGUUUGUCCAGUGUGAGUGGCCUGGUUGGAGGAAAGUUCUUCUCCGAGUGA